AACAUCUGAUCGCUGUCGUGUUUGACAGAUGUAUCGGAGAGUUCGCGGUGGUCGCACGUGUUAAAAGCAUGCAUACAAUAAAAUAAAAACAUGAUGUAAUCAAGUGAUACAAGUAAAAUAAAGAAUAAAACUAAUGUGUAACCUUUGAAAUGAAGCGCUUUACAGAGAUCAUCAACGCGGAAAACGUGAAUAUUGCCAGAAAUGUGCUCAUGAAAUCCAUCCAAGCCCAGCCGGUUACAGCUGAAGCUACAAAAACGUACCUCAUCACAAAGUUCAAUAACAUGAACGCAUUCUACAAGCAAUUGACUGGUCUAGAUGAGCUGGAGUAUUAUCAAGAUAGAGUGAUUGAGUUGCAAAAAUCCCUCACAGAUGCGCAACAGAAACGAAGGGAGCUCAGUUACAUCCUCAAUGAAACCCGCGCGAAGAGCAUCGAGAUUCAAGACCGGCUCCAUAAAGUAAAACGGCAUCAAGAGCCGGCGUAUUUCUUGGAGUUGAUGAGAGAGGAGACUGAUUUUAUCAAGCGGGAGCGUCAGAUUUUCACGGAUCUCGGCGAGCAGGAGCGCUAUGAACGUGAUGUCUUCAGCGCCUUCACAAAUGCCAUCAGAGAUUCGCAGGAAAAGCAGCGCAAUCGAUUAGAAUACGCUAAAUACAUUGGUUUUGGCCUAACGUUGUUCGGUGCCUUGGGUUCCUACUUAAUAACAACCUGGCGCACCGAGGAUCUGAAGUCUGUGAUCCGUGGUUCCAUCAAAGACGAUGUCCGCAGUGUGUUUGUCGAGAGUGCCAAGGACACUAUGCAUUUAAUGCAGCAACUGAGCAAGCAACAGACCCAAGAGUUGCAUGGCUACUUCUCCACGUUGCGGGGUGAAAUCGAAAAAAACAAGGCUGCAAAUGAUGGACGGUUCGCAUCAAUGGAACAGAAGAUGCGCCAGUUUAUUCAAGGGUGGACAAUGCGGAAUACCACUGCUACUGCUGAAGAAAUAGCACCUAGUGAUGAAUGGAUAAUUUUAAAAUGGGCAUGCAUUGCGUCAGCGGGUUUUCUCGCUUUGGUGGGCAUUUCUAGUCUCGCUAGAUAAAAUAAUAACCUGCAGCCGCA